GGCGGUCACCUGGGCGCUGACGUCAGCGCGGGCAGAGUCCCGCCAAGGCUUUUAACCCGCGGCUUUGCCGCGCGCAGGCGCUCCAGGGAGGAAGGCCUGGCACGCUUCAGCCAAUGAGCCGGUCCCGGUGCCCGUACCCGCCUCGAGCGACCCGCCGCGGGAGGCGCCGGAUGGACGAAUGGAGCAGUGCCCGCCGGGCUGAGAUUUCAGGGCUGGGGGCUCAGAGAGCACUGCGGGUAGGAGCCUGUCCGCAAGCGGGUCGAGCGCGGGCGGGUCCGCCGGGCCCUGUGGCGCGCGCUCGUCGGCUGGGCCGGCGCCCCGGUGCGCAUGCGCCCCCGCACAGCCGAGCGCGCCCCCGCACAGCCCUGCGGGAGGAGUGGCGGUCCUCCCUCCCUGUCCUGGGUGGGAGGUGGAACAAGUCGGAAGAAGCCCUCGAGGCGGACCUUUGCCAGAACUCAAUUAAUGGAUGCCUGGGAGUUGACGUACGUAUAUAUUCAGAAAUGUUUUGCCACCUGAGACCUGUGAGGAGGUUGUGUCUGGAGAAGAUAUUUCCACGCUGGUUUCUCUACUCAAGAGCUUUAUCAGGAGCUGAAGCAGUCAAUGCCUUGAGGCCAUUCUAUUUUGCAGUACAUCCAGAUUUCUUUGGACAGCACCCCAGAGAAAGGGAAGUCAAUGAAAAUUCUCUUAAGAGAUUAAGUGUCUACUUAGAAAACCUCCAGAAACCAGGCUUCAAGUCUUUGAAACCAACUCAGCUUACAUUUUAUGUAAGAGAAAGAGACCAGAAUUCCUCUGAUGGCCAGGAGCCCUUUAGUACUGCCGGAUUUCGAGCAGUCAAAUUUACUUUGCACACCAGAGAUCUGCUAAGCACAGUGUUAUAUAUUCUCAACUCCUGCAGUUUAUCUAUUGAACAUAUCCAAAGCUUGAAUACUACUGUGCAUUCCCAGCCUCUCAAAGAGGCUAAAAGGAUGCCUGACAGGCCUAUCAGAUGGGACAAGUCUUAUUACUCCUUUACUGGAUUCAAGGACCCUGAUGAAGACCUCGAACAAGUCUCAAGAAUGGAAACAACCUUAACAUCCUGGUUAGAUAACAAUGGAAAAAGUGCUGUUAAAAAGCUGAAGAAUAGUUUGCCGCUUAGAAAAGAACUAGAUCGUUUAAAAGAUGAACUGUCUCAUCAGUUGCAGCUCUCAGAUAUCAGGUGGCAGAGGAGCUGGGGCAUUGCCCAUCGCUGCAGCCAGCUGCAUAGUUUAGGCCGCUUAGCACAGCAGAACUUGGAAACACUUAAAAAUGCAAAAGGAUGUACACUGGUGUUUACAGACCGUUCCGGGAUGAGUGCGGGGGGCCAUGUGAUGCUGGGAACCGUGGAUGUGCACCAUCACUGGGCGAAGCUUUUUGAAAGACUGCCGAGUUAUUUUGACCUUCAGAGGAGGCUGGUGCUCUUAGAAGACCAAAUAAGCCAUCUUCUAGGGGGCAUCCGAGUGGUUUAUCUCGAAGAAUUACAGCCAGCGUUGACGCUUGAAGAGUACUACUCUCUUCUUGACGUCUUCUAUAACAGACUGUUGAAAAAUAGAAUACUUUUUCACCCUCGAAGUCUGCAUGGUUUACAAAUGAUCCUUAACAGUGACAGAUAUGCUCCAAGCUUGCAUGAACUCGGGCAUUUUAACAUCCCAACCCUCUGUGAUGCAGCAAACCUCCAGUGGUUUAUUCUCACCAAAGCCCAACAGGCAAGAGAGAACAUGAAGAGAAAAGAAGACCGUCAUUUGCUAUGACUGUUGUGUGCCCGAAGCUAUGACAGGUGCCACUGAUAGAGAGCUGAAGGCCUGCCCCCUGCCCUCCUGGAAUGUGUUUCUAGCAGGAGAGGUGAGUGCUAUAAAUAUGUCAGUGGUAGCUGGACCACAGAGUGGAGUUGAACGGGAAGAGCCAAAGCCAACGCUCUGGGAAGGAACAGGAGCAUGGAAGGGAAGGCAGUGGCCGAGGAGCAGGAAGGAGGCCAAGGAGAAUGAGGGGGCACGUGGCUAGGAAGGAGCACAAGGACUGGAGCCUGGUGGGUGGGCGAUCGCCGAGAUUGUUCAGCAGUGCACUGGAAGGCACCACGUUACUGUCUCCUGCCUCGCUGCCUGGGCACUCGUCGGUCCCUACCAACUGCUUGUUUAAAUAGCCGAGGAUAGGAAUAGAGAGAGAGAAAGGGCAGCAGCCAUGAGAGUGGUCCUUUAACAACAUAAUGGGAUCACUUUAUGUACACAGUAGGUGAAGGGGGUGCAUCUCUUUGUUUUGCUUGUGGAAUUGAUGACCACUCUGUUGACCAGAUCCUAUCUCAUGAAUAUCCCACCUUUGGUCUGGUUGGUAGCCUUUGUGUUUGUGAUGUUCCUUUUCUAAAUUGUCAGCCCCGCAGCCUUUCAUUUUUGGGGCUGAUGGGUUUGUCUGCUACACCAAGCGGCUUCUUUCUCUGUCUUCUGUAGGGCCACUUGAUGCUUUGAAGUAUUGCCACUAGAUUUUGAGGAAGGAAAAUAAAAAGAAAUAACCCUUGAGCUGUCUUUCUUCCUCUCCUGACUUCCUCACACCCCACCUCCAGUGCACCAAGACCUCAGCUCCACCUUCUCAGUCUGCCCCGAAGCCCACCGCUUCUCCUUUCCUUCACUGCCGCCCCUGGUCCAAGCCUCAGCCAUUUGGGGAUCACCUCUCUGGUCUCCAGGUUCCCACUCUGAUCCCCCUCCCCAGUUGAUUCCCCUCAGAGCAGCCAGAACCCCAGUCGGAGCACUGCCCCGCAUGCCGGUCCUGCUGCUCCCCUGGGACCCCCCCUCGCCCGUCCUGCUCCGGCCGGUGGCCUGUUCCUUCCUCCAGUGAACUCUUCCCCUGUACCCCGGAGCGCAUCUCCCGGACAGCCUCCCUCGGCACUCAGUUGCACCUUCUCCUGGGUGCCCCAGAGCCCACUCCGGGUCAGAGCGGCCCCCGCGGCGUCCUCGCCCGCUGCCCGGCCAGCCUUCUCCCCUCUGGCGACAGGCCCCCUCCUGUCCACUGGCUGCCCCCAGACGGAAUGUAGGCUUCGUGUUUUGUCUGGUUUGUUCCCUCCACUGCCAGGCUCGGUGCCUGGCACACAGGAGCCUCAGUACAUACUCCCUGACUUGCACGUGUCCCCGGAGCCCUCAUCCCUGUGCUCGUCCCCAGGGAGAGGAGGACAUUCGCCACUGGGCCCUGCGGGCUGUCUUCCCGUAGUGGGCGCCGCUGCCCCCCCGCCACCCUCUAUGGCCAGAGUGUCCUCCCCUCCACUGUCCCCCUCCCUCUGCCCUGGCCUCCCUACCCUGCCACGGUCACCUUCAUUCUGAUCACGGGGUGGCUCACGUGACCUUCUUUCCUUAGAUGAAGCACCUUCUGACAGUGGCUUUCAGUCACUUUUUAUCUGCGUAUCUCUUUAUAAAGUGGAUUCUUAGGUGGAAACUCAACUUAUAAAAAAGGUGAAAGCUCACAGGUGCUGUCGAAGAGGAAGGCAAUGAGAGGCUACCCACGCCACGGGGCCACUGUGCCGUCUGAGCUCCCUCCGGACCCCGCGUGCCCUUCCAGAGGCCGUGACUCGUACCCCCGCCUCUUGACGUGGCCUGGCUGCCAGUAGAAAGUGUGCCCCCUGCAGAGCCCCCUCCUCUGGAGGCAGCGAGAGCCUGCUCUCAGCUCUCAGGAGGCCGCGAGUGGCCUGGGUAACCCGGGCCUAGGGGCAAACAGGCUGGCCUCGCUCCGCCACGUGUGCGAACGCCCCAGCCCUUCCCUCCCACCCGCGCUGCGCUGCGCGUUUCAGAAUCGCUUAGAAUUGGAAACGACAGAAAUGCAGAAUAAUAGCAGAACGGUUAAAUAAUUUCAAUACUUACGUACAGUGGAAACAGACAUUUAAAAGCAUGUUCAAGGGGCCUGCCCCCUGGCACAGCAGUUGAGUGCACACGUUGUGCUUCAGCGGCCCAGGUUGGGAUCCCGGGUACAGACAUAGCACUGCUUGGCAAGCCAUGCUGUGGUAGGCAUCCCAUGUAUAAAGUAGAGGAAGAUGAGCAUGCAUGUUAGCUCAGGGCCAGUCUUCCUCAGCAAAAGGAAUGUUCAACUAAUCUUGACUGAAUCCUUAGGUGCCUCGCAGGACCUGUAAAAGUCACUAGCAGGAUACAGUGCAAACAGAGUCCCUUGUGGAGCUCACACUCGGAUGUCAAAGACACAGUGUUCAACUUUGUGUUAAAAAAAUAUAGACAUAAUUUUUGUCAAAGGAGAGAAGGGUCAUUUCCCCCUAGGAAAUGUCUGGCCUAUUUCUUAGCAGUUGAAGGAAAGGAACAGAACUUCCCAUAGCCACACCCACCAUCUCAUGGUAUCUUGUUUGUACUG